GUUGGGCUAAGCAAGAACUUCAAUCUCUCUACUCGACCCAUAACAUUCCAUCUCUACCCAAAGCCAUUUUGAGGCAGUGUAGCUCUAGUUCCGGAUAAGAAAAUAGUGAGGCAGUGUGCCGAGGCGAAAACAAUGGCUUCAAUGCCAGUAAUAACAUCACCUCAAUGCCUUCCUACAAAACCCAUAAGAACCCACAUCCCUUCAGCUUCCCUCACUCUCUUAACAGGUUCAAGGAGAAGAAUUUCCGUCUCUUCCAAUGCGGCAAACAAGUCUUCCCUUCUUCACUGCUCCUUUCUCCCUUCUUCAUCAUCUUCUCUCUCUUUCCCUUCUUCCUUUUCAGGGGUGAAGAAUGAGAGAAGGAGAUGCCUGGUGGUUAGGGCAGGAAAGGCUGCACUUUGUCAAACAAAGAGGAAUAGGUCUCGGAAAUCAUUGGCUCGAACUCAUGGGUUCCGUAGAAGAAUGAGAACCACUAGUGGGAGAGCUGUAUUGAAACGUAGACGUGCUAAGGGCCGGAAGGUCCUCUGCACCAAAUCAAAUCCAAACAGUGGGAAACGCUAAACUUUCUCUUUUUUGUUUCAGUGAUUUUAUGAUGUUUAAAGGAUAAUUUAGGCAAACACUUAGCCAUGCCUGUUUUGUUGGUUCAGUUGUGCAAUAUUCAUCGAUUGAAACCCUCAUUUUAAUGGUUAUUAUUCGAUUAA